GUGGUAGCUCUCCAAGCCCUCUCCAAAUAUGGAGCAACAACUUUCACAAAAAAGUAAGAUGGCAGUUUCGGUCACUGUCAAAUCUUCUAACACAUUCUCUGAAGAAUUCCACAUAGAUGAUGACAAUCGCCUGCUGCUGCAGGAGGUCAUGCUGUCUGAGAUUCCAGGGGAUUAUGACACCACAGUGUUGGGGUCAGGAUGUGUGUACCUCCAGACUUCACUAAGAUAUAACAUCCUUCCCAAGAAAGAAGGGAAAGUUCCCUUCACUCUGCAUGUUGAUUCUCAUCCCAAAAUUGUGAUGGAGUAGAUGCUCACAGGAAAUUUCAGAUUCAUAUCAACAUUAGGUAAACCCUAAAUCACAACUAGACUUUUUUGUA